AUGCCAUUUUCAUUUUCGGAUAUACUGAUUAAUUCUGGAUUAGUGGCACCUGGUUCAAUUGACGGUGUUAUGUCUGGAAAGAAGUACAAUAGAUCAGUGAGAGCUUGGAAAAUAAUGAUGGAAGCGAUGGAACGUUUGACGUUUCAGUCAUUCAUACAGAGCAAGCCAGGAGUUGUCAGGUCUUUUACUGAGUUUUUCGAAUCAAUGAUGAGCGCAUUCCCGAAAGAUCACUUCAUGGACUUUGUCGACAGCCAACAAAUGCAGGAUAUUUACAAUCAGUAUUCGGCAUAUGUCAUCGAGAGGUGUGAAAAUGAUCUUGUCUUUUCGUUUUGGUCAUCCUUCAUCGAGAUGGUCCAGUUGUUGCUGUUAUUUCUCCGUGGAACAAGAGCCAAUGAUUGGGACUUGCAUUUGUCAGCUAUACGAUCAAUGUUACCUUGGUUUUUCGCCUAUGAUCGUGUGCACUACCAACGAUACCUAUCUGCAUAUUGGCUUGAAAUGAAUCUUUUGGAUUUUACACACCCAGGUUAG